CCCCUGUGCUUCCCUGCAGGAGCGGCCGGCGAGGAGGAGCUACAGGUGCUUCAGCCCGACAAGUUCGUGUCAGUGGCAGCGGGACAGACGGCCACUCUGAACUGCACCCUGACCUCCCUGCUCCCUGUGGGGUCUGUUAAGUGGUUCAGGGGGUCGGAGCCAGGCCGGCAGAUGGUCUACAGUUUCAAACAAGGAAAAGAAGAAAGCCCCUUCCCCCGAGUGACCACUGCCUCAAAUAUCAUAGGCAGAGAUGACAGGGACUUUUCCAUCCGCAUCAGUAACAUCACCCCAGCAGACACGGGGAUCUACUACUGUGUGAAGUUCCAGAAAGGGGCCCCUGGCGACACAGAACUUAAGUCGGGCCCAGGCACGCAGGUCACCGUGAGCGCCAAACCCUCCCGCCCUGUGGUCACGGGGCCCACAGAGAGGGCCACACCUGGGAAGACGGUGACCUUCACCUGCCAGUCCCACGGCUUCUCUCCCAGAAACAUCAGCCUGAAAUGGUUCAAAAACGGGAACGGGCUGCCAGCACCCCAGCCCAGAGUGGACCCCAGCGGAGAGGCCGUUUCCUACAGCGUCUCCAGCACAGCCCGGGUGCAGCUGACGGCGGGGGACGUCCGCUCCCAGGUCAUCUGCGAGGUGGCCCACGUCGCCCUGCAGGGGGGUCCUCUUCGCGGGACGGCCAACUUGUCGGAAACCAUCCGAGUUCCGCCCACCUUGGAGGUUUCCCACUCUCCCGCGGCAGGGAACCAGGUGAAUGCAACCUGCCAGGUGAAGGAUUUCUACCCCCGGAACCUGCAGCUCACCUGGUUGGAGAACGGAAACGUGUCCCGAACAGAAAAGCCCUCAGCGCUCCUAGAGAACAAGGAAGGGACCUUCACCUGGAAGAGCUGGCUCCUGGUGAACUCCUCUGCCCACAGGGGGAACGUGGCGCUCACCUGCCAGGUGGAGCAUGACGGGCAGCCUGCGGUCUCCAGAACCCACACCCUGGAGGCCUCUGGAGGACUGCAGUUGUUGGCCCUCCUCCUCACUGUCCUCCUGGGCCUCAAGGUGCUGCUGCUGGUGGGCUUCUCUGUCUUCUACAUGCUCAGGAAGCAGAGGCCCUGA